AUGUCACAGGAUGAGGCUGUGAUUUCCACAAAUGACGAUGCUACGGCCUGUAAGAGGUAGAAAAAACAAUUUUUCAAUUCGUUGUAUAUAAUCAGGAGGAAAAGGAAGGCUCCUCAACAGGAAGCUUAGUCACCUUUUCCUGAUAUGAAACUUAAGCUUAUGAUUCAGCUGACGGCCCGUGGGAGUUCUGUAGUUAACGAGACGAGUUGAAUGAAUAGUUUAUUGAGGCUUCUGAGUCUUACAAUCAGUUGCCCUAAUCGAAGGAAGGGGGCCAUCAUCCGAUCGUUUCCUCUGCUUUGAUCGGCUUUGUUAUUUCGGUUUGUGUCAUCGCUAAACCGUUAGCUCUCCAGGUAAAAUUUCCGCACAACCCCAUACUUCAUUAUGCAUUCAGUUCUUGGAUAGAGAAAACAGUGCCAAAAACAAUACAUUGCCAUUUGGAAAACAGAUUUGUUUUACAAUAGUAUGGGGCUGUGCGGAAACUUUACCGCUCUCCCCAUAAUACACAUUAAGAUAGUCACUGGAAAAGAGGCUGAGACUUUUGGACACGUAUUUUCUCCGCCUGUCUUCAGACUGAGAUGCAAAGUCAGCAACUCAUGACCUCUUUGAACAACCACGGGUUUAUGUUUAAAAUUCUUAAGAUAAACAAUGGAAAGUGAAGUCAUCCUCGUACUAUUGACUAAAGCUUUCAUAAAGUGUUUUGGAUGGGAUGCUUGAGGAGCAAAUACUUAAACAUGAGGAAAUUGUGUCUUUGUUUCUUUCAAAGUGUGCAUAAUUAGCUAGCAGUUCAGCAGGUACUAUAGGUGUCACCUCCUUUCCUGCAUGACCCCUACCUUCAUUCCUUCCCUCUCACCCCUAUGCUCAGAGGACAGCCUCCUAUAAAGUUAGCAUGAGGUUAUCAUUUGAUGUCCUUCAGAAGCUUGCUCAUUUUUGGUGCAAGUUCUUGCUAAAAAAUUCCUUUGACUGAUAAUUAUUUUAUCUCUUUAUGGAGUUGCUAAAAAUUUCACCCUUGCUUGUUUGUUGUGAUUUAGGUUUGCUGUUCAGUUAGGUUACUGGUCAGACGGUUACAUUCAACACUUUGCCAAACUAGGAGAGAGAAAGACUCCAGAAAUAAACAGAGGUAACUCUAUAGUUAGACAGGCAGUUUAGUGGUUCAUGUUACAACCCUGGCUAAGGGCUAUGUGUUGUGUUGUUGAGUAAAAUACUUGCCAUUAACCCUUACCAUACCUCUUUCCACCUAGGGUUAUAAAUGGACACUGAUGGGAUGUUAAGGGAACUUGAAGAAAUGCUCUAGGCUUUUCCUCCUUCAAGGUGGAAAAGCAAUUCUGCUACUUGCUUCAUGUUGUGGCCUGUGCUGCUUUUUGUUUGGUGUGUGCUCCAAAGCAUUAAACAGCAAAACUAGUGCUAUUUUCUGUUGCAUGACUCUCAAGGCUUCUCUGCUCUUUUCGCAUGGCUCCACUGCUUGGCACUUCAAAGCACAUGCAAAGCCCCCAGUUACAAACUUAAGGCAGGUCUUGGUUCAAAAAAAGAAAUAUAUGAAGGUUCAUGAAGAUAUUACCUUUUUUAAAAACAUUUUGUCCAGAAAUCUGCUUUCAUUUACUGCUUGGAUGAGAAAUUUGAGUUUAUUGGAUAGAAUUCAUCUCUGCCAUCUUUGAACAAAACUGCAAGUUUGUUUGUAGUUUCUAUGAUAAGGUGAUGAAGUGAAAUUUAUUUUCCAAAUGAUUAACCUUAUCAAUUGUUUUUUAUUAAAUGGAGUUCAUUGCCUCUCUGCAGGUUACUAUGCUCGUGUUAAAGGUAUGCAUACUCUGCUGGACCAGUUUCUUGCUAAAACAGAAUGCAAUUGUCAGGUUGUUAAUCUUGGGGCAGGAUUCGAUUCCCUCUUUUGGCUUUUAAAGGUGAGUUCUAGUGCAAGAUUUGGUUCUUUCAUUAAGGGGGAGGCAGUGUUGUCCACAGAGAUCUCAAUAAUCAGAGGAAAAAAAUCCUAUUUGAACUCCUCAGUAUAGUUACUGAAAUGAGAAUUUAAAGGUUGUGGCUUGUUCAUCCAGGUCAUCAUUGUCAUCAUCAUCAUCAGUCGUUGCGCUGGUAGGCACAUAAGACUGUCACAUUGUCCACCCAAUCCUCCACGUUAUGUGCCACCACCUUGGCCACAUUUCAGCUCUUCCACUCCACCUUGCCUCUCUCUCUUUCGACAGUCAUUCUCCAAGUGGUCUUUAGACUCCCUCUCGCCCUUCGACCUUCUGGUGUCCACCCCUUGCUGUAAAACAGUUGUUUACACCCUCUCUCCUGGGUACGUGUCCCAACCAGUUCCACCUUCUUCACACCUCACAGCUAAUUUCAUUGAUCUCUGCUAUUUCAACUACUCUCUGGUUUACCAUUCUUUGCGGUCAUCUAAUCCUAAGUAUCCGUUUUAGGCAUUGGCUUUGGAAACUGUUCAGUUUUCUUUCAUCUGUUUUUGUGAUCUUCCAUGUUUCCCAACCAUAAAGCAGGACCGGUCGGACUAAAGUCUUGAAUAGGCAUAUCUUGGUUCUCCUUCUGAUUCCUCUAGCUGCCCACACCUUCCAUAGCCUCUAACAUGCACCUCAUGCCUUCUGUGUUCUGUUCCUAAUAUCUUUACUGCCUCUGCCUUCCUUGUCUACAAUAGCUCCAAGAUACACAAACUCCUCAACAUCUUCCACUUCUUCACCAUUCACCACAAUGCUCUCCCUGUUCCUAGUAAACUCAGUUCUCAGUGUUCUGCACUUUCUUGCAUUAAGUUUAAGGCCUACUCUAGCUGCUUCCUCCAUCAAUCUCCUAAUAUGCUUACACAAGUCAUUAAACUUGGAUGAAAGUAGUGCAAUGUUCAUCCAGGUAUCAGAGCUGAAACUUCCCUUAAGAUCCAUCACCAAGCUGAAAUUUCUCUAGACAAAAAUUUUCAUGUGAGUAGCUAGGCCAACAGUUGAGAAAGGUGGACAUGUAGAUAUGAAAAUUUUGGUUGAGGUUUUAAAGAUCUUGAUAUUCGCAGACAUGAUGAAACCAUGGCUCAAGGAUCAUUAGAAUGUUAAUUAGUUAAUUGAAAGUGAACUUUAAAAUAUACAUGUCAGUAGUCAGACUACUGAACAGCUAUGAAGUUUUUAUUGUUGCCAAAAGGAGUUGUCACCUUAACAAGUGGGAGCUUGAUAUGGUUUUGAAAGUGAUCAUUGGAAAUUAUAAAUUAAAUGAAAGAUAAUUUGUUUUUGUUAUUGUUUUUUGCCAAUUUUCCCCUUUCAAUCCUUACUUUUAUGAUUACAUUUUUUUUUUUACAGUUAAACAUGUAUAUUUGCCAAGUCUCAAAAUAUUAUAUCAACCCAAUGGAGGGGACCUCAGAGUCCCGCCUAGACGAUCAAACAUUUUCGUUCAACGUCAUGUUUGUUGCACACAACAUUGGGUAGCUAAACAAGUUAACAAAGUCAGCCCACAUAAUACGUUUAGCAUAUUACCGCUCAAACCAUGGCGCGCAUCACAUAGAUUCGAACUUUGAUUGUUUUUUUCUCCUGCCUGGGCGCCUUUGACUCGAAUUUGGUUUAAAAUGUUUGAUCGAUUGGCCGGGAAUUUGGAGAGCUCUGUAUCAUUUUUCUGUUAAGAACCACAUGAUACAACAGUCUAGACUUCUUGAUAAUGAACACUUGAGUAAAUUGUAUCACCACAAUCGCAGUUACUUCUAUUACUCCACUGCAAUACCUAUUGUUAAUUGGGCUUGUGUUUAUGGUAAUGUGAAUGAUUUGGAUUUCUUAAAGGAAGAAAGUUUAGCACCCAAGCUGUUUGUUGAAGUAGAUUUUGCGAGUGUGACUGGUAGAAAGUGCUACAAUAUAAGGCAAGUUUGAAUACGAACCAGUGAUCAAAUACCGUAGGUUUCCUUAUCUUGGUUUAAGGCUAGUAUUUGUGUCAGAGUAUUAAAUUAUGUUGUUAACUUUGUGGAAAAUUAAAGAAUUUGGUCCAAUGAACGCAUCGGCUAAGUACCUCUGCAUUUACUUUGCAUUGAUUUUGGAGACCAACAAUGUGUCGGCCGACACAUUACCGAAGUAUUACCGACACGCCUCCGACGUCAAAAUAGCGGCGGUCGCACUCUACUGACGUUUUGACAACACACUUCCAACGGCAACAACGCGUCGGCUGACACCUUACCGACUUAUUUCCGAAACCCUUCGGAUGUACUCGCACUGGAAGCCGACACUCUACCGACCUAUUACCAACAACUACAACGCGUUGGCUUACAUCCUACUGACUCAUUACCGACACCCUUCGUACUCACCCACAAAUAGUGUAUUAGUAAAAACUCUACCUACGUAUUAACGACGUACCUCCAAUACCAAAAACGCGUCGGCUCGCACUCUAUCGACAUAAUACGGACAGCUUUCGGCUGCGCUCGCUUUAACAGCAUGUCUUCCUGCACUCCGCUAUUGACUAAAUUUUAAUCUUUGAAGUAUCUUUUUGUAGAAAGUGAAAGGCGAAGAAAAAUUCUAAUAAUAAUGCAACACCUUUCCCUUGAAAUUAUCUUCUUCAGAUUCUUAAUAAUCAGAUUUGAUGUGGAAUUGUUCUAAUGUGCUUAUAAUUCUUAGCAGUGUAGUUGUCUUCUCUUAAGGAAUAGAAGAAAACUUCAGGAAGCAUUUUCUCCAGACGAUGGAUUAAAAAUUGGUAGGUCUUGUCUUGGUAUGUCAAGUGUUUUAACGAAGUACAGAUAUAUAUGACACUGUCGUGAAACUAAUUUCAUCGAGCUACGUAUUCGGUUUUCACGCAAACAUUUGAGCGAGUGAUUGUCAUAAGAACAAGGUAAUCACAUCUACCAAUCACAACUAUGGAAAAUGUGACAUUGCUUUUAUUUACGUUGAUCCCUCGGAAAAACCGCCCAAAACCCCAGAGGUUAAUGCUCCAAGGAUUUGUGUGACAUGAACAUGUGUCCUUAUCGAGUAGUAGAUUGAAACUAACCUUAACCACUGGCAAACCACUCUAUAAGUGAGUUGGCAUGUUGUACAUUUGAAAGAAUUGUAAGAAAAUGUAUGGCAAUAACGAAUAAAGUACUGAAUAAUGACAUUUUUAACGCAUCUUAGUCUAACAUUAAAUUAAGCGAAAUGAAAUGUUAAUACAUGGAAAGAUGUCGAUGUUUAGCAUCUCCAAGCUUUUCAAAACGCCUUUUCUCUGAAUCGCUCACGACCGUUGUUAUCAUGUGCUAAAGGAGGAGAACUUAGCCUAGGUUGACCUUUUUGUAACGAAUGUAAUUCACAUCAACAAUUUUCUUACUGUUUGUUGGUACCAUUAAUUGAAUUGCAGAAGGGAGUGAAGCACAUUCUAAACACUACCAUCUCCUAGCUGUGGAUCUGAGAGAAGUUGAUACAUUAGAGAGAAAACUAAAAGAAAUAGGAAUCGAUAAAAGGUAAGCAUGCUAAAGACAUAAUUUUUUCUUACGAAACAUAGAAAGUGCAGUUUUGAAAUAGCUACCUUGAGUCAGGUUUUUCUUGCUUCUGUGAAGCUUUUCUAUACUGUCUCGUAUGGCUUGUUCUAUUGCGUGUUUAAGCUGCACUUAAUGCCAUCAGAGCGUCGUGGCCGAUUUGGAAACGGUGUGUACGCCGUGUUCUUGUAGAAGGGUCUAAAUGUGACGACAGCUUUUACGGCUUACGGUUAGAAUUUUGGCCAUUUACAACUAAGAGUUGAUUUAUUUGAGUUUCAAAUAAAAGUAACAUUUUAACGGUUAACUAACUAAAUUUGUCAAUUUUACGUCUGACGGCUGUUUUUCUUUUUAACGUGAAAGCCAUUCAGACCCUCUUGUAAGCAGCAGCAAAGAACCUCUGAUGCACCUCAUAUAGGGGGUUGGGCGAGAAAUUUAGAUUUGACGUCGGCUCCUUAUGUGUGUGGUGAUCAGCAGCAAUGUUGAUAUUCUCAUCUGAAAAUGUUCAUGAUAAAUCCUAUUAUGUUUGUCCACUGUUCUUCUGCAGCCUUCCAACAGUUUUUAUCACAGAAUGUGUCCUGAUUUAUAUGGAACCCGAACAUUCAGCAGCCAUUAUUAAUUGGGCUGGAACCAAUUUUAAAAAUGCUGUAUUUAUAAACUAUGAACAAGUAAGUGUAGUUUAGAGUCUCAGUGAAACAAAAGGAAAAAAGAAAAGGUUGGCACUCAAGGGAUCAUGAAAGGAUUUUGUCCAUGACAGAUUUAUUUGUUUGUUUAUUUAUUUAUUUGCAAUUAGAGUAAAAAGCCCUGAGAAGGCACAGCUUCAAGUUACAAUAGGUGGACAAGUAUUUUCAUUAUUUUGACCUUUUACGGUCAUUAUGACCUUAAAAGGUUAACACGUUGAUUUCCUGUUCGAAAGGUCCGUGUGUAAGGCUUGGUCAGCGUCAUUACGUUGUCUUCAUAAGCAAAAUACUACACUUUACACUUUAGGAAGAGGAUACCCUGCAAUGGACCGGUGUCCCAUUUAGAAGAAGCACCAAUACUUCUAGUGUUCUAUUGCCAUGGAAACUGGGAUGAACUCUGGUGGUUGUUAGGUCGCCUGUAUGAGAUUUAACUGAUGUAACUGUUUUGAUUUGAUUUACUUAUAGGUGAAUAUGCAGGACAGAUUUGGUCAAGUUAUGAUCCAGAAUCUCAGGGUAAAGAAAAACUGUAUUUAUUAGAAUCGUAGGCUAAAUUAAUACUGUAUAGAUGGUCGUUAUUUUGUUAUAACUGCGUUUAACUUUUCUACACUGUUUUUCGGUGACUCGAGGGUCAAGUUGUAAAUGGUCGGAUGGGAUAAUUAAGCGCAAAUGUGAAUAUGUUUGUCUUUUCAGGGUAGAAAUUGUGAGCUUUUGGGAGCAAAUGCCUGUCCUGACCUCGAAUCUCAUGUGAGUUACUUUGCCUUCUGAGUUAACUUUAUUGACUUUACAGUGAAUUGGAUGCCGCUUUUAGGUGGUCUGUCGAAUCUAUGGCAACUUUGCAUGAUAAUACAUUGAACAUUUUCCUAAACAGAAACAAAGAUUUCUGUCGAACAACUGGGAUGAAGCUGAAGUCCUAGACAUGAUGAGUAUUUACAACAGCUUGCCUAUUGACGACAGAGCAAGGUGUGUGGAACCUUCAAGUCUGAUGAAAUAGCUUUUUUUAUGUAGGAACAGUGCUGGCUCCGCUAGGACAGCACUUUCCUCCUACAACUGUGCUCCCGAGUUUGAUACCUAGACUCGUCAUUACACCUAAGGAUUACUACUAUUUUGAUAAGUAUUGGGCUUCGCUGCGCGUGCAUCGAGCUCGUUUUCUCCCUUGUUCUGCUUUUCCUCACUCUGUUUUAAAAAAAUAAAACUCGCCAAAUUUCAAUUAUAACCCCCUUCGUUCUGGAAUCAGUAGAUGGACAAACCUUUCCGUAUAAGUGCUACAACCUAAGUGUUUGGAUUGAUUGAUUGAUUGAUUCAUCUAUUCAGUUCUAUUGUAAGGGAUGCUUAAAAUGUAAGCGUUGCUUAUAAGCUUGACCCAGCUCGACAAUGAUAUUGUCCAUUGACUGAGGAUGCCAUGUAUUUGGUGCGAGCGUAGAACAAAGAGAACCUUAAAGACCCCUACGAUGUGAUAUAUAAUAAAUGAUAUGAUAUGAUCGAUGUGAUCGCCGGACGUUCGGAUGUUUGUGCUUUGAUGCUCUACCAGUGAGCUACAGAGAACCCGUUGGUGAGUAAGGCCAGCGCCAUCUUCAUGUGUGACAUUCGUCAUUUAUACUGUUAGGAUCGGCAAAGUAACAAGCUUUGUGUGAGUAAAUAGCUAAGACUAAAAAUCGGAUCUCGCGGAGCGAUGGUUAACUGCCUUUAAUUACUUUUACUCAAUCGUUCAACGUGUUUGUUGCUCUACAGAAUAGAGAGAAUAGAAUUCCUCGAUGAAGUGGAUCUUUUACAUCAACUUCUCUCCCAUUACUGCAUAUCCUGGGCCGUAAAUGAUGCCUCACAACUUGGUAAGUAAGUGUUAGGUUUAAAAUAUUUUCUGCAGUUCUUCCGUGGGCCUCUUGUUUCGAGAGUGGAUGUGAUGAAUUUAUGGCAUAUCAAUAAUUUUUAUAUACCAGUCACUAUUCACUUCCAUUUGUGAAUGAUUGUUAACUGUUACGUCAUUUCCAUUUGUUCGUCGUGCGUCCUAAAGGCACCUUUUUGUGGCUUGCAGGUUUGUCAAGCAUUUCUUUUGCGACUUAGGAUGUAAUUCUUGUGGAAUGCAUUUAUUUUUUUCUGAAAUGGAUUUAAAGAACUUUUAAAGAUACUUGACAAUAAAGUGCAUUUUAAUAACACGCAAACUGAUGGACUUUAUCGUCGUCAGACCUGGAGGAGGCCUUCAGUGCAGGCGUCUGAUGAGGGCGAGUUAACGUUAUAUCUUCGCGAUCGUUUAGUCGACCGGUCAUGUUUGAUUUAGUGUUAGAAUGGACUGUAGAUGAGGGGGUCGCGAAAGGCCAAUUUCUAUUGUCCCAAUUUUAGUGUGACACAACCAAAAAGAUCCGACAAACCCCAUUCCUCCUCCCCACUAAGAGUUCAAAUGAGCCAUCCUCGCUGAAACAAAAAAAAAUUGAAGCACAAUUAGAGCUAGAACCUGAGCCGAACCUCCAGCCUCCUAAACUGGGUACCACACAGAGAGAACUGAGGUUUACAAUAUUCACAGAGUUAAAUAUUCCUAAUAUAACGGCUAAACCUGAUCUCCUGUUCAGAGCAUUUCAUAAUGAGACAAUACAAACUAUGACGCUAGUCUCAAUAUUUUGGUUUAAAAGGCGUCGUCUCAAGAACCCAAUUACCCUCUGUGCUAUUUCUUAUUUUUGCCCACAUGUAUCAAACAUAUGGCAAGCACGUGCACGGUCAAUGUUAUUGACCUCUCUUGGUGAACGCAAUUUUAAUGAUUGAAAACAAUUGUUUUACUGCAUGACGAAGAAAAUAACAAGAACUUUUCUUCGCAACAAAAGUGUUUUCGCCUUCCGUAGUCAUUUCCUCCCCAAGCUCUUACAACGAGUAAGGGCGAACAUUCACUGUACGAGCUUAUCAGAAGCUAGACUACAAGCAGUCCCUCCUUUUUGGCAAAGUCCGUCGCGCGAAUUACAAAAAAAAUGUGAAAAAAAAAUUGAUGAUCAAACUCGCGUGAUGGUCUUCGCCGAAAAGGAGGUACUACUCGUAAUGUGACGGGUAGCUGUCA